AUGUCUUUUACAUUGAGUAAGAAAACUGCUAAAGCUAAUCAAUUUAGAGCCACUGGAAGUACUAUUUUGCAACAAGAUACCAAAAAUUUAUCAAUUGUUUAUAAUAAAUAUAAAACAAAUAGUCCUUUACCAAGUUCAAAAAAUCAAAUUAGAUAUAAUUUAAUCUUCACUCAUGGUACUGGUUUUAAUAAAUCAGUUUGGAAUUAUUUAAUUAAAAAGUUAUAUCAAUUAUCGCAAUCUGGUCAAGUCGCAUGGUUUUUAGAUUCUGUUAUUGCAAUUGAUGCUGUUGGUCAUGGUGACUCAGCUUUAGCUAAUGAAGGUAAAUUAGGUCCAAUUUAUACAUGGUAUGAUGGCUCAAAAGAUGUAAUCGAAGUUGUUAAACAUGAACAAAAAACUUGUCAAGAUUUUUUGAAUGAUUAUGAAAAUAGAAAUAUCAUUGUUGGACAUUCGAUGGGUGGUUAUAUUGCAAUACAUGCUUGUUAUUUAGAACCAUCAUUAUUCGACGCUUGUAUUCCUGUUGAAGCUGUUUAUUUUGGAGCCGAAGGUGGAUUCGAAAAAUUUAAGAAAUUAUUCGGUAAAAUUUCAAAAAUGAUGAUUGAUACAUUUGAUUCAAAAGAAGAAGUUGAUAUGUUCUUUAAACAAUUUUAUUUCCUGAAAAAUUUCCAUCCAGAAGUUUUGGAAGACUAUAUUAAAGAUGAAAUUUAUGAAAUCAAAGACAAAGAAACUGGUGAAACUAAAUAUAAAUUGAAAAAUAAUAUUAAUUUACAAAUAGCAGCUUAUUAUGGUGCUUUCAUUUCUAUACCACAAGGUAUGUUAUCAUUACCACAGACACAAGUACCAAUAUUUCAUGUUAUUGGUUCAAAAGCAACCUGGAAUCCUCCAGAAAGUAUCACUUGGAUUAGAAAUACAAUUAAUCCAAAAUAUUUAGCGGGUACUUAUGAUAUUCCUGAAGGUGAGCAUUUAGUCAAUAGUGAAAGACCAGAUGAUGUUAUCGACAUAAUUAAACAAGUGCUUACUAAAAGAAAUCAAGAUUUCAAAAAGGAAUUGCAACAUAUUCCAGAGCUUAAAUCUGGUAAUGAACCACAAAUAAUUGCUGAAGAUCAGUUUGAAAAAUUAUUUGAACAGAAAUUUGAUGAAGUUUAUGGUUACCAAACUCCUAAAGAAGAAUUUUUGUAUAGAAUGUUUAAAUUAUAG